AUGGAGAAGAAGCGUCGCGCCCGUAUCAAUGUGUCACUUGAGCAGCUCAAGACACUCCUGGAGAAACAUUACUCGCACCAGAUCCGCAAACGCAAGCUGGAGAAGGCUGACAUCCUGGAGUUGAGCGUCAAGUACAUGAAAAGCCUGCAGACCUUACAAGGCCUCUGGCCGGUGUCCAUUGGAGCUGAGUUCGCAUCCUGCUCCCGGGGCUGCCUACCGGGCGUCAGCCUGCUCCUGCGGCGCGGAGAGGAGGGCUCGGGCGGCCCGAGCUGCCCCCUGGUGCUCGAGCGCCCGGCUGGCUGCAGCACCAUGGACAGCGGCCGCCCCGGGCCGGAGGCGCCCUCCUCGCGGGGGCCCUGCGCCUGGGCCCGCUGGGCUCCAGCGUCCUCCGCCUGCGGCCCGCCGUCCACACCACCCCUGCGCCUCCUCCCCGGAGACCUCCCCGGUUCGUCCCCUAGCGUCUUGGCUCCACCACCAGCGUCGCGCAGCCCACCCGAGAGCCCGGGGCCCGGGCUGCGCGUGUGGCGACCCUGGUGA